AUGGCACGCCAAGUGGCACUAUCUGUGGGACUCUGCAACAAACAGUCGACGCAAGCAGGCGAAGCAAGUCCCAUCGCAAGAAUGCAAACCCUAGAAGGCCCAGAAGCAACCCUGCAGGUUACUACUGUGGUAAGACAUCAAAGCACAGUCGCCGGAAAUUUUGUCAGCGACGAAAGAGCGAACUCACAAGGAAAAACGACAGAAGAAGUGGAAUUUGACGAAUUCGAAACAUUCAAAAGUUUUAGAGUUAUGAGAAAGUUACAAAGUGAAAAACGACUCCAGAAGGAAUGGGAUCGAGUUUCGGUCCAUACAGACCAAACGGAAGACUACAACAAAGAAGAAAAUGAGUCAUAUCCUCACGGAAAAAGAUCAAGCAAGAAUGAGAAGGAUGUAGAUCGAUUACCCGACGCAGAAAACGCUUAUAGAAAGCAAGAUAAGCUACCCGAAGUAAUAGAGGCCAAGCAAUACAACCAAGCGUUCAAGAGUCUGAACUUUCGCUCUCCUUUUACAAAUGACAUCAACGAAACGCCCAUCCCUAAAGGAUUGAAAUGGACAAGGGUACCACCUUACGAUGAUACUGGAGAUCCAGACAAUCAUGUAUGUAACACCCCAAAAUUGAAGACCAAAAACUUCAUUGUUAAUUAA